AUGGACGUCCGUGACGAUAAAAAUGCCCAGUUGGAUUCCGAAAACUCAGACGACUUGAUGAGGGAAGAGGAAAAGCUGCGCAGUAUCCCGGCCAUCAAAACGCCACAGCAAAAGCGCGCCUUACUGAAAUUGGAUCUAUUGCUAAUACCUACCUUGGGUCUUUUCUACUUCCUGAGUUUCUUGGAUCGAUCCAAUCUUGGCAAUGUACGAAUCAUCGGCCUCCAGAAAGAUCUUAGAAUGACCGAUCAUGAUUUCUCCAUGGCAUUGACUAUAACAUUCAUCCCUUACAUACUUAUCGAGCUCCCUUCCAACUUAUUGGUAAAAAGAAUCGGCGCUGGUAUUCAAAUCCCACUGAUUGUUACCAUUUGGGGACUGAUAACCUGCUUACAAGGCUUGGUUACUAGGACCGAGAUGCAAUUUCGUAUUGCCUUGUUCUGGGGUACAAUCUGUAUAGCUGGAGCGGUGUCAGGAUUGCUGACAUUUGAGAUCAUCAAGCUUCACGGUCGUUGGGGACAUCCUGGUUGGUCUUGGGUAUUUUUGAUCGAAGGUUUUGUGACAGUGCUUUUUGGCAUAAUUGGAUUCUUCGUUCUGCCAUCACGCAUCGAGAGUGUGUGGAUUUUAACAGAAGCAGAAAAGGCGUCAACGGCCUCGUCGGCUAGUUCCAGCCUGAUGCUUUUGACUUCCUCCAUCGAAAAGUAUCCACCCAAAUCAACUGGGCGCCAGGUUUGGGAAGCUUUCAAAAGUCCUCAUGUUGUCCUCCUGAAUGUGGCACAGUUUGCAUGCGCAGGUAACACCAAUAGUCUGGCUUAUUUUACACCUACCAGUAAGUAUUUUUUAUUUGAAUUUGGUUACUCUCCCUCAGCCACUCAGUUGUUUUCAGUCCCACCCUUUGCUUUAGCUUUCCUAUUCCUGCUUGGGUUAUCAUACUGGUCGGACUCCCGGCAGUCUCGGGGUGUAGCGUGUAGCAUCAGCGCAGCACUUUCGAUUAUCGGGUUUGCAAUCUUUUAUGCUUCAGGGCAGGAAAAGGUGAGAUAUGGAUCCUUGUUUUUAUCAGUUCCUGGUGCAUAUGGUGUGGGACCAAGCCUGGCGGCUUGGACAGCGGACAACAGCGAACCCCACAUGCGCAAAGCAACCGCUAUCGCCCUGGGAACCAUGGUGGCAAACUCAGGUGGACUCUUCAGCAUUUUUGUUUUGGGUCACAAGCCAAGAUACUACCUUCCGACAGCAAUAAAUCUAUUCCUAGGAGUGUUGAUCAUAGCCUGCUCCGUAUCGAACAUGGUAUGGUUACGUUAUGCUCAAAAACAGAAAGUCGCCAGAAGGAACGACAUUCUUCAAAAUUUCAAUUCCGGAAAGGCCGAGCCACAAGGCACAAGCGAACAGGACGUAGCAGCUGCCCAAGCAUGGGACCAUCUGGGUGACCAACAUCCAGAUUUCAAGUACAUAUAUUGA